CGCGGGGGCUUGUGGGUGCGCACGGAGAAGUAAAAUGGCGGACUUGGCGAACGAAGAGAAGCCAGCCAUAGCUCCUCCAGUGUUCGUGUUCCAGAAAGAGAAAACGCAAAAGCGGUCAGCUGAUGGCUCCAGUGCAGAGGACGGCGAUGACUCAGACAGGGAGGAUGGAGAAUACUGUCCUCCAAUGAAGAGAGAGAGAACAUCGUCGUUGACACAGUUCCCACCUUCACAUUCAGUUUCCAAGAAUAAUGUGUUUAUGCCGUCAAGCUUCUGUCAGUCUCCCACGGGCAACUCCGAUUCAGAGCCAGAGGAGAAACCUGUUGGGUUUCGGUUGAAGCCACCAACUCUAAUUCACGGCCAAGCCCCCAGUGCAGGCUGCUUUGCAGGUGUUCCCAGUCAGAAGCCGAAGGAACAGCAGCGCAACUGUCUGAGACCCGCGGUCCUUCAAGCUCCGCCCACGAAGACCCUCACCGAGCCCAGCAAGAGCAACUCGAGCUGUGGAACAAAUGGUGUGGGCAAGUUUUCAGAGGCGGCGACAGAAGAGCGGCCGAGCUUCCUGAACAGCACAGAGAGCUCGGACAAGUCGCCGAAGCGAGAGGAGCAGGCCGGAGAGGCCAGGUCUGAGGAGGGCGGCCCGAGGAAGGAUGCCCUCGUCGACUCUGGUUUUGUGUUUGGACAGAACAUCAAAGAGAGGGCAAAGGUGGAAGAGAACAGCACCGUCAGUGACUCAAAAGACUCCACACAGAACUCUCAGACUGGGAGUACUAAUUACUUCCUGCAGUACAUUGGCACCUCAAGCACUCUGAAUGCUACCAACAACACAGACAAAGGAGCCAAGUUCGUCUUUGGCCAGAACAUGUCUGAGAGAGUGCUGACUCCUCCAAAGAGCAGUGAAUCGACAGCAGAGGGUACCAGAGACACAGCUUCAUCUUCAGAGCCUUCGUCACAGGAGACCACUCCAGAAAAGAUUCCCAACGUCACAGAGUCUCUGGAAGAGUCGGCGGCUGCGUACACCAAAGCCACGGCCAAGAAGUGCAUUCUGGAGAAGGUGGAGGUGCGCACAGGCGAGGAGGCAGAGAGCAAUGUCUUACAGAUGCAGUGUAAGCUGUUCGUCUUCGAUAAGCCGGCGCAGUCGUGGGUGGAGCGAGGGCGGGGACUCCUGAGACUUAACGACAUGGCCUCCACAGACGACGGCACGUUACGCUCCAGACUAGUGAUGCGUACCCAGGGCAGUCUGAGGUUGAUCCUCAACACCAAGCUGUGGGCCCAGAUGCAGGUGGAUAAGGCCAGUGAGAAGAGCGUCCGUAUCACUGCCAUGGACACGGAGGACCAGGGAGUCAAGGUCUUCCUCAUAUCGGCCAGCUCGAAGGACGCCGGGCAGCUGGCUGCCGCGCUUCACCACCGCAUCCUGGCCCUGCGCAGCCGCGCAGAGCAGGAGGUGGAGAGCACGCCCACCCCGCCCCAGGCCGAUGCUCCGCGCCCCGACCAGGACGACAGCGACGACGACGACGACGAGCUCGCCGAUAACAGCGCCGCCAGCAUGACCGCGGCAGGGAGCACCAGCGGCGGUGGCACCUGUGAAGCAUCUGGCGAGGCUCCGGUAGCUGAGAGUACAUAACACUCUGCCUGAUGCCCAGCUGAAACCUGCUCCAUGGGGCCUUUUUCUUUUGUUUUGGGGUCUCCCACCCCACCCCCCACCUCUCCCUUUUUUUUUCAUUUUUUUUUUUUUUUUUUGGGUUUCCUUUCUUUUUUUUCUGUGCAGGCAUCUGGGUGGACAGCCUUAACCACCACGACUCUCCCAACCCAGUGCUGCGGGUCCUUCACAUCCAGCCCUGUGGCAGAGAUUCAGCCGCUCGCCUAAAACUCGUCUAGUUCAGUUUUCCGCAUUUAAUGUAAAUCUGGAAUUCAUUUUUGUUUCGGUUUUUUUUUUCCUCCAGUUUCCAAAUGUUUUGUUUAGUUUGUUUUUUAUCAUUUUGUUUGGAUUUGCAUUCUGUUUUAGUUUCCUGGACUGCAAACAAACAAAAAAAAAAACCAACAAAAAAACAAAAGGAAAACAGAGACUUUUCCGUGUAUGGGUCUGGACUUGCCACUCAUCAUAUUGAUGAGUGUGAGGGUAUUCCUCUCUCUGUUUUAAGAUACGGCACAUCCCACCACUGCAGUUUCUACCGCAGGACUUUUUUUUACUUUCUCCCUCCCUCCCUCCCUCCCUCGCUCACUUUCUCCAUCUCGUCUCACGCUGCAGCCCACCUCUCCUUCACGAUGUCCAAAAUCCAUCCGAUGACUUCACCCCACCCACCAAUCUCCCUGGACCCUGCGACACCCCUUCUACCCGAUUCCCCCCCCUCCCCCCCGGGUUUUGGUAGCUGUAACCUUUCGCUCUGAUUCUAACUUAUUUCCAGUGGUUUCACCAAGCAUCUCUGGUUUCCCCAUAAGCCAAUGUGCUUACUAGUCUGCUAUGAUGGUAAUUAGGUAGAUCUCUUAUUGAUGUAAAUGAAUAAAGGACUAAACCAACACAUGGACUGUGCUAUUGUGGAUCUCUGCUUCUAGAAUACUCCAUAACCCCUCUUCUAAGAAGAACAAGGAGAUGGCAACGAAAGACAAACAAGGAAGGAAUUAGUUUGCCCCCUUACCCUUAUGGAAUCACCAGAUUCUGUCCUGCGUCCUUGCCCUGGACAGGUGGCUUCCUUUGUGUUUGAUCUGAAAACUUACUGAAGUUAAGCAGCUCUGCAGAUUAUUGGUUUUUAUUUUCCAUAUUCUGAAGGUUUAUAUGUUAACUUUUUUUAUUGUUUUAUUAACUUUUUAUCCAUUUUCAUGUCAUUGGAGACAGUACAGUGGAGAUGUUUUUUCCCUUGUGUGUUGAACUCGAGUGUAUUUAGAAAAACAUGAAUAUGGAACUUCUCAUGUAAAUUCUCUAUGAAUAUAUUAUCAUUUACUAGAA